AUGUCGGCAGCGGACGUUGGGCCGUCGCAAGACGCCGUGAUCGAAAGCAGUCAAAAAUUCGAGAAAAAACACAAGCAGUCCAAGUCGGAGCACAAAAAGAAGCGUGCGCGAGAGGAGGACGACGGGGCGAUCGUGGAGGAGACACCGAGAAAGUCGAAAAAAUCUAGGAGCGUGGAAAUGGAUACACAAGAAUCGCAGCACUCCGAAUCACAACCACCCAGCGACGAGCUCAUUAAGAAGAAAAAGAAGAAAAAGGAGAGGGCGCAUAUCGAGGACGACGCAGGGCACGAUGAAGUCAACGAUACCGAGAAGCCCAAGAAGGAACGCAAGAGGACCAGCAAGCAUGCACAGGAGACUGACGAGGCCGAACCUGAGCUGAUGGACAUUGAUCAACGAGAACAUGCUCUGGUAGAAGAGGAGCCAAAAUCUGAAAAGAAGCGCAAGGACAAGAAGUCAAGGAAAGUUGCCCAGGAGGACCCCGCCGACCAGGAAGACGGGGUGAAAGAAAAGAAGAAACGGAAGAACAAGCAGACAGAUGAAGCGGAACGUCUCCAGAAUGUGCCCGCCGCACAGAUACCGAUUCCCCAUCCCUCAACAAACGACGACUUCCCCUUCUUCACCCAAACAAUUUCGCUUUACGUCCCAUUUUUCCCCGUCGGCUUCGACAAACCUCUGAGUAACGUCGCAGCGCAACACCUCGACCCUCUUUUAAACCACUACUCACCUCUUCUCCGCGGUGUCCUACUUAGCUACGCCAAUCUCAAUCUCUCCGACAGGCCGGCUAAAGCCAGCACCAUCCAUCCGCCAACAGACCAGACUCCCGCCCUCCUGCACUCGAUUGAUGAAUACGCGGUUGGGUUUGGCUGGCUCACAUUUGAUGCCGAGUUGUUUGUCCCUUCCCGGGGGAAAUGGAUGGAAGGUGUCGUGCAGCUCCAGAGUGAAGGUCAUAUUGGCGUUGUGUGCUGGAACAGGUUUAACGCCAGCAUCGAAGCAAAGCGACUCCCACAGGGUUGGAACUGGGUAGACAUCGCCAAAAGCGGUGCCAAGCUGAGAGCAUCCCCGGCUUCUGAAGGGAACGGAGCCGAGCUGGAGACGCAAGAAGAAGAAGAAGAUAUGCUUGACGGCGAGGAGCUUCAGGUGGUGGAGCAGAUCCACACAACAGGCUACUGGGUCAACGAGAAGGGAAAGAAGGUCAGCGGGAAACUACGGUUCCGCAUUAAGAACUUUGACGUCGGCCAGGCAGGCGACUACGGCUACCUCAGCAUUGAAGGUACCUGCUUGGACGAUGCUGCCGAACUGGCUGUUGCGGGCCAGGAGCGCGAGGCGGAACGAGCGCGCAGGGCAAAGCAGAACCCUAGUGGGCUUCUGCGGCCCCUAACGAGGAGGGUGCCCGAGUUCAGUAUGACCAAGUUUGGAAAGGAGGAUCAGGAAGAAGAUGAUGGGCAGAGGGCUAUCUUGUACAAGGGCAGCCGGCCUGGCACGCCCGAUGACUAG